AUGUCUAUGAAAAUUGUGUAUUUACUGGGAGCAUUGGACAUAUUGAACUUGUCCAUGUUCAUAAUAACAUUUUCCCCCUAUGUAAGAGGCAUUGGGGGUAGUCAUUCCUACAUGGGAAUCGUUAUGUCUAGCAGUGCUGUUGUCAGCCUAUUUUGGAAUCCCAUAGUUGGUAGUAUAGGAGACCACAGCGGACGAAAAGGCAUUCUGAUUAAAUGUCUUAGCAUUUCAUUAGUGGGAAAUAUUAUAAUUUUAGUAUUUAAGCCUCUUGAAUCAUUAGCUGUGAUAUAUAUUAGUAGACUGAUAUGCUCUUUUGGUGCACCCACAGGAAGUCUCAUCAGAACUUUGGUGACAGAUAUUGCCAAAACUCCAGAAGAAAAAUCCACUGCCAUGAGCAAACUGGGGGGUUUUUCGGCGCUGACUUUUAUGAUGGGGGCCCUUAUGGGGGGGUUCAUGAACGAAAAUAAAAACGGUUCCACCAUUAACAUGACAAUUAUUUGCCUGAUUGGAAUUGUGAGCAUAGUUACCGCAUGCCUCCUGCCAAACCCAGAGAAAAAACCGCAGGAAAAAGGCAAAAAAGCACAAAAAAAUAACCAACUAAAAGAGGCAUUCCAAAGUUUGAAAAAAAUUGACUGGGACAAAUUCUGGGAACUGUUCACGAUAAAACUUUUGACAGACUUGUGCUCCGGCAUAAUGCAAUCGAAUUUAGGCGUGAUUUUGGCGCAAACUUUCAUGAUCCGCGGCAAAAACAUGGGUCUUAUACUGACCUUGAUAAGCAUAUGCAAUAUCGCCACCAAUUUCAGUAUGAUCAAGCUGAAAAAAACCUUAUACGCCAACGAUGAAGGUUUUCAAAGACUAAUGCAUGGCACGAUACUUUUAAUGCUUUCUUUUGCCGGUAUGGGUACCUCCACAAACUUCUACAUCUUCAUGAUAUUCUUUGUCAUGAUGGGAAUUGCGAGACCUUUAAUCGACACAACUCUCACCAAUGUGCUUACCAACAGAGCCUCCGAACAGGAGAAAGGAGGCAUUUUGAGUUUAUUUGAGUCCAUUUUAUCGUUGACUGGGAUGGUUUCGCCACUUUUCUCUGGAGUGGUUGCUGAUAAGUACGGGGAACAAGUUCCCAUAAUGUUGUGCGCCAUACCAGCCAUGUUCGCCAGUAUUAUGGCGGCCCGACAAAAAUCCCGCCCAAUCAAAGCCGAUUAA